AUGAGUAAACUGGAAAACCAAAUUAAACAAAUCGAAAGCAACAUCAUUAUUAAGGAAAAAAAAAUUAAGGACCUGGAAAGAGAAAUCCAGGAACUAAAAAAUUAUUCAAAAAGUCUUUACGAAAAAUUGAUAAAUCAACAAGAAGUUCUGCUAAAAAGAAAAAAACAAAAUGUUCUGACAGACAUCAAAAUUAAUAGGCUAAAAAAAGACAUCAUUGAAUUAUGUAAAACCAUCCAAAAUGCCAACAGGAAAAUAACUAAUACCUUCGCAGAAUUGAAAAAAAAAAAAAUCCUCAUAAAGGAAAAUACACAAUGUAUGGAAGAAAUAUAUAAUGACAUCAUUAAAAAAAAUACCCUGAACAAUGAACAGAAUAACACCACAUUAACAAUAUUAAAUCACUUUUUUAUAAAAAAAGAACAUCAUAAUAAUGACUUGAAAUUACUACAUAAGGAUAAGAAGGACAAAAUUCAAAUUGUAAGAAAUCAAGUUAAAGAAAUGAACAACCAUAUCACCGCCAAGCGGUCGAACAUUGCACUGCUAGACAGCAGACUCACUGCCAAUCUGCGCACCAUCAAAGGUUACGUAAGCGAAUUAAUCCAGAGGGGUGCCUUUCAAAAGAUCAAUAUUAAUAAAAGGAACAUCACGAGGAAUUGCCUAAACAUAAUAAAUAAUGUCAUAGAAAAACAAGAGGGCAGAAAAGAAACCGUUUGGGAUCCUCACACCGAUGAAGAUAAGAUGCAAACAGCUGAUAACACUGUGGCGACGGAAAAUGGGGAGGAAGAAAAAUUAGAACUUCAAUUAAAUACGCAAGAAUUUAUCCAGCUUGAAAAUUUCCUCUUAUGA